UUGCGUUAGUAGCGUUUAAUGUCAGCUGUUAUUGUGGAAAUAUGAGUACACUGGUGACCAAAUUAGACCACAAGUGGAUCAGUUCAACAUUCAGGCAACCUUGGAUAACCGCUAUGGUAGCUCUCAAGGUGCAUUUCUCAACACUUCCACCACAGCCUGUCAUCCCCUCUAAGAAGCCAUUCAAAGUGGAGCUGGUAGGUGGGAAACGUCACUCGUGGUGCACCUGUGGACACAGCAAGAAACAGCCUUUCUGCGACGGAGCACACAAGACCAAAGCACAGGGUCUGUCCCCGCUACGCUUUGUCCCAGAGAAAGACACCACAGUUUGGUUGUGUGGUUGCAAGUACACAAACAACCCGCCUUACUGCGAUGGCACGCACAAGCAGGACUUCAUAGUGUCUGCCCCGCUACAUGAACACACCGACUCCUAAACAAGGAUUGUUGCACCGAGAUGAGACGAACAGACAGACCUCAGUCGUGAUAUGGGAGAACAAAGUAUAAAUAUUGGUAUCAUGCGUUUUCUAGAUCAUGAAAGCAACACACACAUGAUGGACCAUGAAGUGUUUAUAUCCUGUGUUGACAGUUUUUCAUAACUGUUUGACAGAGGAGUGUGGUGAUACAAAGCCCUUAACUUCAGUCCUCUGCUUUCUGUCUUUUAUAUGACAGAGAUUGUGUUACAUAAACAUUAGGGGUGGGUGAUCUGAUUUACUGUAAGAUGACAGAAAUUAGUCCACCGGUAGAGAUUUUGCUUCACCAUUAUACUGUAGUAUCUGUCUCUUUUUAAUAAACGGUUGUAAUGCCAUCCUGCAUGCAGCCAAAAAGUUUUUGGUAGUGCAGAAUACAGUUCACUCUAUAAAUGAGCAAACUGGCAGGAUCACAGACCCUCCACUGGAUAUAAAGCCCAGAAAUGAUUGAUUAUUGAUGAGCUUUUGUUUGCACAGUUUUCUAAUCAGGUAGAUUUUCUACAGAAUGUACAGUAACAAUAUCAAAUGCUACUGUUUGUAAUGAAUGAACCACUGCUGACUUGUAUCAUAAACCCUCUGAUUUAAAAGUUGAAUAUUUAUUUUCAUGUUAAUGAUGAUUUCAGUAUUGAUCUAUAGUAAUUAUAUCUGGUUGCUGAAUAUCCAUCAAUAACUGUUACUGUACUAUCUGCCUUGUACAGUGAGAUGUUUUUAUGGAAGCUGUGAAUCUGUCACUGAGUAUUUCUAAUCAAAAAGCAGCAUUUAAUGAUCACAUAUUUUUGUGUGUCUACCAUUGAUGAAAAGGUUGGAAAUCCCUAAAAUAAGACAUGUAAGAUGUUAGAAACACGCACAAGACUUCUUAACAAUGCAGCACUUAAUAAAGGAUGACUACACU